CAGUGUAUAAAUUCCAUUACCAGUACCCCCAGAAAGUUCCUUUCCUUCUUAUCCUCAUCUCCCUUGUUUUAAAAUCCGAAGCCUUCUUUUCUAUCAGUAAUCAUACAUCAUCCCUUCUAGAUGAUCCUGAUAAGGUUAUAAAGCCUUCGCUUUGCGCUCUCUCACACACAAAAAAGAAGAAGAAAAACCGGCUUCUUCACAAUAUACACAAAAUCUGUGCUUGUCUCCAACAUUUCUUUGAUUUUUCUCUUGUUUUAUGUACUGUUUUAUUUUGAUGCUUAACACGUCCCUUUCUUGAUGCUUGAGAGUACAAAGUAUUCAUGACUCCUGUCCUCUGUGAAAUCCUCCUCUCUGGUUUUAUGAUAAACUCUACUCUUAGACGCAGGACUCACCUUGUUCAAUCUUUCUCUGUUGUUUUCCUCUACUGGUUCUACGUUUUCUCAUGAACUCCAUCACCCGUUCUGAA